AUGGCGCAGCGAGGGGAGGAGGGUCCCGCAUCGGGACAAGGAAGAGGAGAACUGAGGCUAAGAGGUGGGGACCGAGACCUGCCGGGCAGAAGCCGGGAGGAGGCAGGUGUCCGGGGCCCCAGGGCGUGCUGGAGCCCUCGGCCAGGGAAAGCCGCUGCCUGGCGGAGAGGGGGGCUGAGCAGGAGCGGCGACCGGCCAGAGAGCGCGGGGCGUUGGGGAAGUUCCCUAAGAGUCCUCGUAACCCCCCACUCCAACAAUGAGUCUUUCCAAGGAGGCGGAUCGCCAGGCAGCCGGGUGAGCACGUGCAACGAAGCCCAACCCUGUGGGCGGGGCCCUGGAGGCGGGGCUUUAAGGUACUCACGAGGGCCUCUCCCUGCCGCUGCAGGACAAAUUGGACCGGAGAUUAAAGGACCGGAGUUUAACUUGAGCAAUUCUGGUGAUGAAGUCCACCAGAAGUGAUGGGGAUUCCAGCUCCAUUCUGUCACAUACCAGAACCUUAAUCCUUGGCUCCUUCAAGCUGGAACGCAGCCGAGUUCACCAGACCCACUCCCACACUCUUAUGCAUCUUUCAAGAUCCUGUUCAAAUGUUUCUUCAGUGGCAUCUUCCUUAAUACCUUCCACCGAGGGACAACUAGAUCCCCUCUGCUAGGUAGCAGUGUU